AUUCGUUACCGGGGGCUCGCCCGCGCCGGGUGUGUGUGUCGUGCCGUGAUCGCGAGUUUACGUGGAAAAAUAUAAACAAAUUGUUGAUCGCCAUUUCGAGGUAUAUCCUAAUUUAAGAUGAGAUGAAAAUCCCGAACAAACCACAUAGUGUUAUUUAAAACAAAAUACGUAAAAAAUACAUUUUAUAUUUAUUAACACAUUGACAAUAAAUCAAGCCAAAUCAUAGUAAAAAUUAGAGUCUAUUUAAAAAAAGGAAAUUAUUUUCAUAUUUUCUUUUAAAUAAAAAGUUUAAAUCAAAUAUUUAAAAUUCGAACUAGUGAUUGCCGUUAACUAUUUUUUAUCGAUACUUUUUGAAAGUGAUAUUUUAGUCGGAUUGUUUUUGGUAUAAAAAUGAGUAUCGAUUCAAAUUCGUCUGCCAAAAGGCUUAACCUCGAGAGGGCCACCAAUUUUAUGAGGCAGUUUCGUGACCCAGACUCUAGGGAACUGAAGAAGCUGUCUGCCAACCAGUUCAUGGAAGUUUGGAGCCAUUACGAUAGGGAUGGUAAUGGCUACAUCGAGGGAACAGAGCUGGACGGGUUCCUCAAGGAGUUUGUCUCCAGCGCGAACUUCACUGACAUCAGUCCGGAUGCGGUGUCAGAUGAAAUGCUGGUGGAAUUGAAGGCGUGCUUCAUGGAGGCUUAUGAUGACAACCAAGACGGCAAGAUCGACAUACGAGAGUUGGCACAGCUACUGCCGAUGGAAGAGAACUUCCUACUUCUGUUCAGGUUUGACAACCCUCUGGAGUCCAGCGUCGAGUUCAUGAAGAUUUGGCGGGAAUACGACACGGACGGCAGUGGCUACAUAGAAGCUGAUGAACUCAAGAAUUUCCUACGAGAUCUCCUGAAAGAGGCGAAGAAGAUUAACGACGUAUCAGAAGAUAAAUUGAUCGAAUAUACUGACACUAUGCUCCAAGUUUUUGACUCAAAUAAGGAUGGGAGACUACAGCUUUCAGAAAUGGCCAAACUGCUGCCCGUCAAAGAGAACUUCCUCUGUAGACAAGUCUUCAAGGAGGGCAUAGAGGGAGCGACAAAACUCACGAAAGAUGACAUUGAAAGAGUCUUCUCUUUGUAUGAUAGGGAUAACAAUGGCUCGAUCGAGAACGAGGAACUCCGAGGAUUUCUAAAGGAUUUAUUAGAAUUAGUUAAAAAGGAUUACGAUGCUCAAGACCUCCUAGAGUUUGAAGAGACCAUUCUCCAAGGAGUCGAGUACAGCAGUGAAGGCAAGAUAAGCAGAAAACAACUGACGAUGAUACUCUUAGCCCUCGCUAAACAUCAUCAAGAGGAGGAACCGGCAACUCCAUAAGUGUAUCCGAAGUCGACCGCCACUCCGUCCCAAUAUCCGAACGAAUUUCUAGCGUUGCGUACGUUUUGACACAUUCGGCGCCAUCUUGGUUAAUUUGACAGUUUGGUUUGAAAUUCCAAUUUGUUUUUUUUUAUAUUACACGGAUGAGGUUUGGUUUUUCGAUUUUGCGAAUAGUUUAACUGUUAAAUUAAUAAUUUCUUUCCCUUGAGCUGCGUCUAGUCGUUAUUAGGUUACCAAAGAGUAUAAAAGAUAGAAACUGUUUUUAAUUUAAUUUUAGGUUUUAGCAAUGAAUGUGUCAAAACAAGUUUUAAGGGCUGGGAUAAAUAGUUGUAACUUAGUAUAAUGUAUUAGUCGAUUUAACUGUUCCGUUUCUAACUCGAAAUAGUUAGCCCCACAGUUUGAGAUUGUGGCUAAGGUUUCCUUUGCUAAAAUAAUUUAAAAUACAUAUUUUAGUCGGAAAUAAUGCACAAACUAGCAGUAAUUUAUCAAUAAUCCAAUAUCAAUAGUCCACUUAAUCAUUUUCAAGAAAUACAUCAUAAAACAUUAUUUUCAAUACUUUUGCUGAGAAGCUAGGUAAAGUUAAGACCACAAUCUCUUUUAAUAUAACAAGUACCUAUGAUAUUUUUUUAACUACACUUACAAAUAAUAAUACCUAACCUCUUUCUUUAUAUUCGACACCUUUGAAAAAAGAAACAUCAUCGUCAGAUGACAUCCCUAAACUCGACUAAACUAUUCAUCUCGACUAUUUAUCGUAUCUCUAAUUAUGAGCUUAAAAAAAUUACGUUUCUUUUUUUUAAGCUAAGUUAUUGCAUUGACAUUCAUACUUAAGACACGUAAAAUAGAGUGCAAAUAUUAAUUAUAUACUUAUAAUAUAUUAAUAUACAAUACAUGAUCAUUUACAAAGCCAAAUCGUAUGCCAAAUAUUUUAUACCUAGCUAUUUGAUGGACUCUUGGUUUAAAUGAAAAUUAGACACACAGUUCUAUUGAAAAGACAUUUUAAAAUUGGAAUUAAAUAGAGAUAGGAUAGCUCAUCGAGACUCAAAUUAUAAAAUUAGUGACUGAGUCGAUUAUUUUGUAUGUCAAUUCUUUUUAAAAGCCAGUACUAAAAUUAAUUAAAAUAUUUUUUCAUUAGGAACUACUUCACAGUAGUCACUAUUCUCUAGUCCUUUGAUUCUCGAACAAAAUAUAAACAGUAAGUACCUGACCCUCAUUUUCAUUUCUACCAAGAGAUCUUUUAAAAAUAUUUUCAUAAACCAUUUUAAUGAGAAAUGUAGUUGAACGUAACAUGUUAUUAUUCUGAUGCGUACAUAUCAUUGCUGAUCACGUGGCAUACUAUUUUAGAUACACACUGUUUCAAUCCAGAAAUAUCUAUAUUCCACUUAUGAUGGGCUAAUGAAUCAUUUGACUACGGCAAAAUAUAAAAUUCUUCAUCAAUAUAUGGAUGCAUACGAAUGCAUUUACUUAGGUAUCUGCUACGAACUAUGAGCGAUAAAUACGUUUUAAAAUAUUAAAAUAAUUUUGCUACCUACCGAGCUUAAUGCUACUUACAUUGGUUUGUAUCUAUCGUACCUGAAUCCCAAAGUACGAAGACGAUCAAAUAACUUUUCCUGAGCACAUUUUUAGAGCCAACGCAUUCCACGUUUUUUUAAACGAGCCGCUUUUAUCCUACAGUUUGUUGUCGUUGGCAUCUCAAAAAACUCGCAUCGACCGACGGACGGUGCAUUUUAAAAAACUUGGUCUGCUCAGGCCCUUAAUUACCUACCUAUGUACCUACGUGAUAUUAAAAUUUUGGCGAACACAAGUUCAAAGUAAAAUGCCAGGGGCAAAAUUAUGUUUAUUGAAUCUUGCGUAAAAGUGAAUACGAAAGCAAAUAUGAAGAGUUGAGUUUAAAAAGCUCAGUCACUCUUAUCUUAAACUUACCCUUUUCUAUCUUCCAAUUACAUACCAUUCCUACGUAAUACUUAUCGUUACCUUACAAUUGAAAAUAGAAAAUCAUUACAAAAAAUGAGUAAAAAAUCCAAAACUUUUAUUAAAGUUACUGACUUCUACUUAAUAGAAAAAGAACAUAGAAUUUUCAGCUCAAUUUUUUCACUUUAAAAAAUAACUUUGGCCUAAAAUUUUAAGAAUAAAUUAUUUACAAUUUACCUCUCUACUCUUAUCCUACCUUAUCCCUAACUUUCGUCCACUCGUAGGAAAAAAAUACUACGAAAAAAUGGCUGCAAAAUCAUUCUAGAAUAAUUGAUGUAGCUUUAAAUUGUCUUGUUAGAUUUUCUCUAAAUGUCUUCGCUUAAAUCCCUCUGUAGAUACGAAGCUAAAUAUAUUAAAAUGUGAUAAUAAUAAAACAACAUAAAAGCAUAUUGGUGUUAUAUAAAAUUCGCUUCUUCAUGAGCUAAACAUAAUUCAAAUAAAAAAGUUUUCGGAAAAGAGGUUCAUGUGUGUGCCGGUAUUUUUUUUUGUAGCAACUUUUGUCAAAUAAAAUUACGUGAGUAUGAUUUUUUCAUAAAUGUUUUAUUAUCUUGUUGAAUAAAAAUGAAAACUAAUAUAAGAAAAAUAUUUAAUUUGAUGUCUCACAUAAGUAUUGUUUUGUAAUGAAUAAAAUAUUGUGAUGUUAAUUAGUAUUUUGUAUAAAAAGGUUUGAUGACUGCGAAAAUUAAAAAUAAACCUUGUACCAUAAAUAAUAAUAACGUAUCUAAUAGCCCUGGAUAAGUACAGAUUUAUUUUUGAUUUUUUGUCAUCCGAGCUUAAAUCGAUGUUAAAUAUAAAUGAGUAUAAUAAUAUAGUUAUUGUUGAAAUACCCUGAUUGUGUGUAGUGGCAUUCUGUGUAUUAUUUAAAAAAAUAUGUAUAUUAAAUUAAUAUACAGUGAGCAAAAGAGGUGAGUGAGCAACAAAAUGGUUAGAAGGAACAAGAAGCUUGUGGUUAUAACUGGAGGCCUGUAUAAAGUACAUAAGUACAAAAAAUAAUUCAAUUACAACUCAUAUGAACUUGACGUGACAUUCUGUUUUAAGCUCCAAGUCAAGUCAAGUUGAGUUCAAAUGGUGUGUGCUCAAUUGAUCAACAUUUGAGCACACACCAUUUGAACAGUUAAGUUUUGUAGAUGUUUUAUUACCGAUAAAUGCUUAAUUUUAGACGAGUGGUAGAUCUUUCAUACGCUUUGCAUAAAAAAAACUAUAGUGUGAUCUCCAGUUUUAACAAUAGCAUUAUCAUCAUCUCGAUAGACAAACUGUUUUGAAGAUCAAAGGCAAACACUCACUUACCUCUUUUGACGUUUGUAGUCUAUGAAUAUUUUAUAUUAAAUAACAAAAAUCUUAAAUAUGUGUUGUGAUGGUAUAACGUGUAGCUUUAAAUAUUUACCAAUGAGUUUAACUUUAGAAUUUUCGCACAAUGAAACAUCGCUCAAUUAUCUUAAACCUCCUUGCUAUAGCUUACUUUUUUUUUAUUUCCUCUUUUCAUUAUUAAAUCGCUUUUUUAACCGUCUGAACGUCCUUAAAUAGUUUCAACUUUUUUUAGAACGCAUUAUUUUCUACUUUUUUGGUAUUAAAGAAAUAUAACAAUUGAUUUCCCACCUCGUUUAAUACUAUUGAAUAAUGGAAUCGGCCAUUAUCUUUUCCCAUCGAGUUGUAUAACCAGAUUUACAGAAUUAACUCAAAUAGUAAGACACGCGCUUUAUUUUCGCCUUCUUUACUACAUUAUGAAUAUGAGUAUUUAUUUAUGUUAAUAAUUAUUAUUUUAUGGUCAUGUUAUAAAAUGUUUUUGAUGUUUCAUUGUCUAUAGUCUCAUUUUUUUAAUUUAUAGCAUUUUUUUAUAAUGGAUGUCCGUAAUAGACGAUAAAUGGCUAUUUAUUAUAUUUAUGAUUAAUUCCUUCGCCUGGCACUAAGUGUUAAAUGUAAGGUUGGAAUACGAUGAUGUUUGUUAUAAAAUGUUUAUAUUUAUAAUAUGGAGUUUUAUUAUC